UCACUCUCUCUCUCUCUCUCUCUCAAAUAUUCUUCAAUCUCUCUGUGAGGAGAAUCUUCGAGCAAAAAGAGACUCACUUUUUUCUCCAGCCAUAUGAGUACAUAAGAUCCCUUUUCGUUUUCUCGUGUAUUGUCAAAUCUCCAGGGUAGAGAAUUGUGUAGUAACUUGUGAUGCACUGUGUCUGAGGGGUUCUUUAAGGCAGAAAGGGGGAGAAAAUGGGGUUUGAGGCGUUGGAAUGGUAUUGCAAGCCUGUGCCUAAUGGUGUUUGGACAAAACAAGUGGAUAAUGCAUUUGGUGCGUACACGCCCUGUGCUACUGACACUUUUGUGCUUGGCAUCUCUCAUCUGGUUCUGUUGGUUCUGUGUCUGUAUCGUAUAUGGCUCACCAUGAAAGAUCACAAGGUUGAGAGGUUCUGCUUGAGGUCAAAUUUGUAUAGCUAUUUGCUGGCUCUAUUGGCUGCUUAUGGUACUGCUGAGCCUUUGUUCAGAUUGAUCAUGGGAGUUUCAGUUUUGGAUUUGGAUUUGGAUGGACCUGGUCUUCCUCCUUACGAGGCGUUUGGCUUGGGGGUUGAAGCUUUUGCUUGGGGCUCUGCAAUGGUCAUGAUUUGUUUGGAAACUAAAAUUUACAUCCGUGAACUCCGUUGGUAUGUCAGGUUUGCUGUCAUAUAUGCUCUUGUGGGGGAUAUGGUCUUGCUCAAUCUUGUUCUCUCAGUGAAAGAGUUCUUUAGCAGUUAUGUACUGUAUCUCUACACAAGCGAGGUGGUAGCUCAGGUUCUGUUUGGAAUUCUCUUGUUUGUGCAUCUUCCCAAUUUGGAUCCUUACCCUGGAUACAUGCCUGUGCGGAGUGAAACUGUAGAUGAUUAUGAGUAUGAAGAGCUUUCUGAGGGACAACAGAUAUGCCCAGAGAGGCAUGCAAACAUAUUUGACAGGGUCUUCUUCUCAUGGAUCAAUCCCUUGAUGACUCUGGGAUCUAAAAGGCCUCUCACAGAGACGGAUGUGUGGCAUCUAGAUACUUGGGAUCAGACUGAAACUCUGUUUACGAGCUUCCAGCAGUCCUGGGAUAAGGAACUACAAAAGCCGCAACCUUGGCUGUUAAGAGCACUGAACAAUAGUCUGGGAGGAAGGUUUUGGUGGGGAGGAUUUUGGAAGAUCGGGAAUGAUUGCUCACAGUUUGUUGGGCCUCUUUUACUGAAUCAACUCUUAAAGUCAAUGCAACAAGAUGAGCCAGCUUGGAUGGGUUACAUCUAUGCGUUCUCAAUCUUUGUUGGAGUGGUAUUGGGAGUGCUAUGCGAAGCUCAAUAUUUCCAGAAUGUCAUGCGUGUUGGUUACCGACUGAGAUCUGCUCUGAUUGCUGCAGUGUUCCGCAAAUCAUUGAGGUUAACUAAUGAAGGUCGUAGAAAGUUUCAAACGGGAAAGAUAACCAACUUAAUGACGACUGAUGCUGAAUCUCUUCAGCAAAUUUGCCAAUCACUUCAUACCAUGUGGUCGGCUCCAUUUCGUAUAAUUGUAGCACUGAUUCUCCUCUAUCAGCAAUUAGGUGUUGCCUCGCUUAUUGGUGCAUUGUUGUUGGUCCUCAUGUUCCCUUUACAGACAGUUAUUAUAAGCAAAAUGCAGAAAUUGACAAAGGAAGGUCUGCAGCGUACUGACAAGCGAAUUGGCCUUAUGAAUGAGGUCUUAGCUGCAAUGGAUACAGUAAAGUGUUACGCUUGGGAAAACAGUUUUCAGUCCAAGGUCCAAACUGUACGUGAUGAUGAAUUAUCUUGGUUCCGGAAAUCACAGCUCCUGGGAGCGUUGAAUAUGUUCAUACUGAACAGCAUACCUGUUCUCGUGACUAUUGUUUCAUUUGGUGUGUUCACAUUGCUUGGAGGAGACCUGACCCCUGCAAGAGCGUUUACGUCGCUCUCUCUCUUUGCUGUGCUUCGUUUCCCUCUGUUCAUGCUUCCGAACAUUAUAACUCAGGUGGUGAAUGCUAAUGUAUCCUUAAAACGUUUAGAGGAGGUAUUGGCGACAGAAGAGAGAGUUCUCUUACCAAAUCCUCCCAUUGAACCUGAAAAGCCAGCCAUAUCAAUAAGAAAUGGAUUUUUCUCUUGGGAUGCUAAGGGGGAUAGGCCGACACUGUCAAAUAUCAACUUGGAUAUACCUCUUGGAAGCCUAGUUGCUGUGGUUGGUAGUACAGGAGAAGGAAAAACCUCCCUAAUAUCUGCAAUCCUUGGGGAACUUCCUGCAACAUCUGAUGCAAUGGUCACUCUCAGAGGAGCAGUUGCUUAUGUCCCACAAGUUUCAUGGAUCUUUAACGCAACAGUACGCGACAAUAUAUUGUUUGGUUCUCCUUUUGACCCUGAAAAAUAUGAAAGGGUCCUUGAUGUUACUGCACUCAAGCAUGACCUAGAGUUACUGCCUGGUGGGGAUCUCACAGAGAUUGGAGAAAGAGGUGUUAACAUCAGUGGAGGACAGAAGCAGAGGGUUUCAAUGGCUAGGGCCGUUUACUCAAAUUCAGAUGUGUACAUCUUUGAUGACCCGUUAAGUGCCCUUGAUGCUCAUGUUGGUCAACAGGUUUUUGAAAAAUGCAUAAAAAGAGAACUGGGGCAGAAAACGAGAGUUCUUGUUACAAACCAGCUCCACUUUCUAUCACAAGUGGAUAGAAUUAUACUUGUCCAUGAAGGCACAGUAAAAGAGGAAGGAACUUAUGAAGAGCUAUCCUUUCAUGGCCCUUUGUUCCAGAGGUUAAUGGAAAAUGCGGGGAAGGUGGAAGAAUAUUCAGAAGACAAUGGAGAAGCCGAGGCAGAUCAAGCGGCCGUAACACCAGUUGCGAAUGGGACCACAAAUACUCUUCAGAUGAAUGGAAGUGACGACAAGAAAUCCAAGGAAGGAAAUAAAAAAGGAGGAAAAUCUGUCCUCAUCAAGCAAGAAGAACGUGAAACCGGAGUUGUGAGUUGGAGAGUCCUGAAGAGGUACCAGGAUGCACUUGGAGGGGCAUGGGUAGUGAUGAUGCUGCUUUUAUGCUACGUCUUGACAGAAGUAUUUCGGGUGACCAGCAGCACGUGGUUGAGUGAGUGGACUGAUGCAGGAACUCCAAAGAUUCAUGGACCCCUUUUCUACAAUCUCAUAUAUGCACUUCUCUCAUUUGGACAGGUUUUGGUGACAUUGACCAAUUCAUAUUGGUUGAUUAUGUCCAGUCUUUAUGCAGCUAAGAGGUUACAUGACAAUAUGCUUCAUUCCAUACUAAGGGCCCCGAUGACUUUCUUCCAUACCAAUCCGUUAGGACGGAUAAUCAAUCGAUUCGCAAAAGAUCUUGGUGAUAUUGAUCGAACUGUGGCCGUAUUUGUAAACAUGUUUAUGGGUCAAGUCUCACAGCUUCUUUCAACUGUUGUCUUGAUCGGCAUUGUUAGCACUUUAUCCUUGUGGGCCAUUAUGCCCCUCCUGGUCUUGUUUUAUGGAGCUUAUCUUUAUUACCAGAACACUGCCCGCGAGGUUAAGCGCAUGGAUUCAAUCACUAGAUCCCCUGUUUAUGCUCAGUUUGGAGAGGCGUUGAAUGGCUUAUCAACUAUCCGUGCUUACAAAGCAUAUGAUCGGAUGGCUGAAAUCAACGGAAGAUCAAUGGAUAAUAACAUCAGAUUCACUCUUGUCAACAUGACUGCCAAUCGGUGGCUCGGGAUCCGUUUAGAAACACUGGGAGGUCUUAUGAUUUGGCUGACAGCAUCAUUCGCCGUCAUGCAGAAUGGAAAAGCAGAGAACCAGCAGGCAUUUGCAUCUACAAUGGGUUUGCUACUCAGUUAUGCCUUAAACAUUACCAGCUUGUUAACAGGUGUUCUGAGACUUGCGAGUUUGGCUGAGAAUAGCCUAAACGCAGUCGAGUGUUGGAAAUUACAUAGAGAUACCUUCAGAGGCCCACUUGUCAUUGAGAGCAACCGUCCACCUCCUGGAUGGCCAUCAUCUGGAUCCAUAAAGUUUGAGGAUGCUGUUCUCCGUUACCGUCCUCAGUUACCGCCAGUGCUUCAUGGGGUUUCUUUCUUUAUUCAUCCAACAGAUAAGGUAGGGAUUGUUGGACGGACUGGUGCUGGCAAGUCAAGCCUGUUGAAUGCGUUGUUUAGAAUUGUGGAGCUGGAAAAAGGAAGGAUCUUAAUCGAUGAAUGUGACAUUGGCAAGUUUGGACUGAUGGACCUGCGUAAAGUGCUUGGAAUCAUUCCACAGUCACCAGUUCUUUUCUCAGGGACUGUGAGAUUCAACCUUGACCCAUUUGGUGAACACAAUGAUGCUGAUCUUUGGGAAUCUCUGGAGAGGGCACACCUGAAGGAUACCAUCCGCAGAAAUCCUCUUGGUCUGGAUGCUGAGGUCUCCGAGGCAGGAGAGAAUUUCAGUGUGGGACAGAGGCAAUUGCUGAGUCUUUCACGUGCUUUGUUGCGGAGAUCUAAGAUACUCGUACUUGAUGAAGCAACUGCUGCUGUUGAUGUUAGAACUGAUGCCCUCAUUCAGAAGACUAUCCGAGAAGAAUUCAAGUCAUGCACGAUGCUCAUCAUCGCUCACCGUCUCAACACCAUCAUUGACUGUGACAAGAUUCUCGUCCUUGAUUCUGGAAGAGUUCAAGAAUUCAGUACACCGGAGAACCUUCUUUCAAAUGAAAGAAGCUCUUUCUCCAAGAUGGUUCAAAGCACCGGAGCUGCAAAUGCUGAGUACUUGCGUAGUUUAGUACUUGACAACAAGCGUGACAGAGAUGACUCGCAACCCUUGCAAGGUCAAAGGAAAUGGCUGGCUUCUUCUCGCUGGGCUGCAGCCGCUCAGUUUGCACUGGGUGUGAGUCUUACUUCAUCUCACAACGAUCUUCAAAGCCUUGAAAUUGAAGAUGAUAGCAACAUUUUGAGGAGAACAAAGGAUGCGGUUGUGACUCUGCGCAGUGUUCUUGAGGGUAAACACGACAAAGAGAUUGCAGAGUCGCUUGAGGAACAUAAUAUCUCUAGAGAUGGUUGGUUGUCAUCACUCUACAGAAUGAUAGAAGGGCUUGCGGUGAUGAGCAGAUUGGCGAGGAACCGAAUGCAACAUCCAGAUUACAAUUUGGAAGGAAAUUCGUUUGACUGGGACAAUGUCGAGAUGUAGAUAAGUUCAGGUUAAGCUAGGAAUUAUCGUCCUUCCUGAAGAAACAUUUUCUCACCUUAACCAAAAUUAUUAGUAUUGGCUGCCUAAAAUUCCAUUUACAUAAACUUAAUUUUGUUCUGCAAAGAAAAUCAAACUUGGUUGUUUUCUUGAUAAGUAGAGUAGUUACUCGUGUAUUAUUCGACUCGUAAAUGGGAUUCUUGAAAACUCA